AUGGUGCCGCAUAGAUUAUGCUUUAAAUUCUUAGAAAAUGCAGUAACUGCACAUCAGUUAGGCAGCGUGAGUCGACGAGGCGCGUCGCACAAAGCGAUUAACUGCGCGCCGCGGCUCUCCCAGCUGGUGCUGCCCUGUCCCAGCUUUGUUAGUGCUCAGGGCGGCUGCCGGCACCGGGGACUUGCGCUGAGCGAGUGCGAUGCCGCCGCGCUUAGAGGCGGUGACAGGGGCAGUUGGUAUGUCUGCAACACCGAACAGUUGUCUGAAUCCCUUCAGCCUGUCUUUGUCCAGAGUUACCUCGACCAAGGAACACAGAUCUUCUUAAACAACAGCAUUGAGAAAUCAGGCUGGCUCUUCAUCCAGCUCUAUCACUCUUUUGUGUCCUCAAUUUUUAGCCUUUUUAUGUCUAGGACAUCUAUCAAUGGGCUGCUGGGAAGGGGCUCAAUGUUUGUGUUUUCCCCAGAACAAUUUCAAAGACUGCUUAAAAUAAAUCCAGAAUGGAAAUCCCACAGACUUCUUGAUUUAGGAGCUGGGGAUGGAGAGGUCACUAAAGUCAUGAGUCCUCACUUUGAAGAAAUCUAUGCCACUGAAUUGUCUGAAACUAUGAUAUGGCAGCUUCAGAAAAAGAAAUACAGAGUACUCGGUAUAAAUGAAUGGCAGAACACAGGAUUUCAGUAUGAUGUUAUCAGCUGUUUGAAUUUGCUUGAUCGCUGUGAUCAACCAUUGACUGUAUUAAAGGAUAUUAGAAGUGUAUUGGAGCCAACUAGAGGCAGAGUCAUUCUAGCAUUAGUUCUGCCAUUCCAUCCAUAUGUGGAAAAUGUAGGUGGCAAGUGGGAAAAGCCCUCAGAAGUUUUGGAAAUCAAAGGGCACACUUGGGAAGAACAGGUGAAUAGCCUGCCAGAAGUUUUCAGUAAAGCUGGUUUUGCCAUAGAGGCUUUCACCAGACUGCCCUACCUAUGUGAAGGUGAUAUGUAUAAUGACUACUAUGUACUAGAUGAUGCUGUCUUCGUCCUCAAGCCAGUGUAAGCAUAUAUGAAGUAAAUCACCAGAAUCAAACCCAAGAAGCAGCCUCUGAAAGAGGUGUUUGAUUUAUGGUUACAGUUACUUAAAGGGAGGGAAUCUGGGGAUUGCCAUGCUAAAUAAAUAUCAUGUAAGAAAUUUAAAGACCAAAAUACUAAUGUAUUUCUUUGUAGUAUGAUUAGAGAAAAGAAAAAAAAAAAGAUUUGUCUUUUAAACAGACUCUUUGGUUGAGAAUUUCUUUUUUAUCAGCUCUUAACCCAACAUUCUUCAAUCCAACAAUAAUGGAGGAUAUUUUUAUACUUACCUGCAACAGGAAUCAGAUCCAAACAAAGCGAUAGUCCUAAUAAUGAGGAAAUCGAUACAAUGUGAAUUGUUGUUAAAUCAAGAGAAAUUUGGCAAUAAAGUUGUCAAACC